AUGAUCCGCUCUUCAUCACCGAAAGCCAACAAAGCUGCCCUGCUCGACCUUCUUAACCUCGCUAUUAAGGAUGAAACCUUUUUACUUUUAAAGAAUUACAUUUCUAAAAAUUGUGGUCUAGCAGUUUUCUUAAGGCAAGAUGCUAUUUUGGCUACUGAAACUAAGCACAAGAUUAGGAAGGUAGAUCCGACUUUAGACAUGGAGGCUGCUGAAGGAGACAAUUACACACAUAUUCUAGUGGCUUUAAAUGUCUAUUUGGGGAAACAGUUUGCUGUUCAAUGUGGGAUUCUAGAACAUCUGGUAAGCAGACUUGAUAUUCUUAACUCAUUGUAUCGUGUAGUUUCAUUGUUAAUGAAAUCUAUUGGAUGGCAAGGAGGAAGUAUACUAGCCCUUGAGAUGCUAAAACGUGUGGUGGUUGCUGGAAAUAGGGCAUAG